UCUUUUUACUUGGACGACGACGACGAUAACUGAAAGAAGAAGCUGCUAAAGUUCCAAGGCUGAUCGGAUCAAAAUUGAAAUCGGCUUCUCGAGGUGCAAUGCAAGGGGGAUCUACCGGCGUCGGUUAUGGUCUUAAGUACCAGGCUAGAUGUAUUGCAGAUGUCAAAGCAGAUACAGAUCACACCAGUUUCAUUGCUGGGACUCUAAGUCUCAAAGAAGAGAAUGAGGUACAUUUGAUCAGACUAGCGUCAGGUGGAACAGAGCUAGUAUGCGAGGGUCUAUUUUCGCACCCUAACGAAAUAUGGGAUCUCGCUUCUUGCCCCUUCGACCAGCGCAUUUUCUCCACCGUCUUCUCUACUGGUGAAUCAUAUGGAGCGGCAAUAUGGCAGAUCCCUGAGCUAUACGGCCAGUUAAAUUCCCCACAAUUGGAGCGGAUAGGCUUUCUAGAUGCACAUAGUUCCAAAAUUAAAUGUACACUUUGGUGGCCAUCGGGAAGAAACGACAAAAUUAUAAGUAUUGAUGAGCAGAACCUCUACUUGUGGAGCUUAGAUUCUUCAAAGAAAACAGCACAGGUACAAUCACAGGAGUCUGCUGGAAUGCUUCACUAUUUAUCUGGGGGAGCAUGGGAUCCACAUGACAUCAAUGCUGUUGCAUCAACAUGUGAAUCAUCAAUUCAGUUCUGGGAUCUUCGAACAAUGAAGAAAACAAGUUCCAUGGAGCAUGGCCAUAUCCGUAAUGUAGAUUAUGAUCCGAAGAAGCAAUAUAUUCUUGUAACAGCUGAGGAUGAGACGGGUAUUAAUAUAUGGGACCUAAGAAUGCCAAAGGCUCCUGUGUUAGAGCUUCCUGGACAUACACACUGGACAUGGACGGUCAGAUGUAACCCUGAAUUUGACGGGCUGAUUUUGAGUGCUGGAACAGACUCAGUGGUCAACUUAUGGCAAGCCAACCUCACUGAUAAUACGACUGAUAACAGCCCUAUUGAGUCACCUAGAAAGAAGGCAGAUGCUUUGCUGAACUCUUACAGCGAUUAUGAAGACAGUAUUUAUGGCCUAGCUUGGAGUUCCCGUGAGCCUUGGAUAUUUGCAUCAUUAUCAUAUGAUGGAAGGGUUGUUGUAGAAUCAAUAAAGCCUCAUCUUAUGAAGAGAUGAAGUUGAGAAUACAGUUGAGGUUAUUAUUCUCUCCUUUUGACCUCAAUAGCACGUUUACAAGAAGCACUGUCUGUAAUCUUGGUAUGUUACUUCUCCCUUGAACUAAAGAUUAUAGCUUUUGUUGGACUAGGGGGGGUUAUUGUUUUGUCGACAUUUAUUUUUUAUGUUUUUUUUUUGUAUUUGAACCAUUUUGAGGUGUGUGACCUAUAUGAGUUUGUACAAUUGAGAAAGGAAAUAUAUUGAAUUCAAUGUUCUAUAUGAGAAGUAAAUGAAGGUGCUGGUUCCAUUCUAUUUGUUAAA